AGUAUAUGUUUCCUGUUACCGUCACAAAUGAAAUAACAUCCAAAGCAUAACCAUUAAUCUGUAUAUUUCUUAGAUUCUGCAUUAUCAUUAUGUAAGAAAAAGUCAUGUCUCAAAGCAUAACCAGUUGAAUUCGACAUAACUGAACCAAAUUUAUUAUAACCAGUCGAAUAAAUUAUACUUCCUCCGUUCCCGAAAAUAAGAUUUUUUAGAUUCAUUUCUUGUUCCACAAAAAUAGAUUUUCUAUAUUGUUAAGGUAUUUUUUUAUAUUUUUGAGGAAUAUUAAUUGAGAAUAUUUGAAUUGACUAAAUUUUAUUGGUGGAAAGUCAUUGGAAAGUGUAUAAUAAAAUAAAAAUAAAUUAAAUUAUAAAUAUUUAUUAAAUUUUUAAUAAGUGUGUAUACUCUGGAAAAUGUUACGAAUCUUGCGUAAUAGAUAGAUUUUGUAAUCAUCACGUCGGUAGUAGUAUAAAAUAAAAUGAAAUAAAAAGGAUAAUCUUUAAAUAUAAUCAGCUCGAUCAGUAGCUCAUAGGAGAAUUGUUCAACAUGAUUAUUUUAUCUACAGCAUACAGGUGUACUCUUCAUAGCAUUGAAAUAUUAGAAGAAAAAAAACAUUAUUCUCCUUUUCUCUUGUAGAUCUGAUACAACCCCUGUCUGUUUGAAUGUAAAAAGCGCACAAACCAAGAAUAUUUAAUACAGUUUAUCUAAAAUAGAAAUAGAUGAAAUCUGUUGACCGACCAAACAAAAUAGUUAAUGAUCAGACCAGAAAAUUCUGAAAUGCAUAUAAGUUGUGAGGACGCUAAAACUGUACUCCACUAUUAACCAAGAACGACGUAUUCAAAGAUGCCACCAUUCAUACGUAACGCCGUGCGUAUAUCACAUAUGUAAUUACAAGUUAGUAUGUAAUAUAUAGAUGUAUACAAUUUCUAACAAUGUUAUCAAAUAGUUUGUAACUUUGUCUAAGCAAUAAGCUGUGAGUACGUUUAGUCGUUUAUACAUUCAACCUGACGACGUAUUCAAAGAUGCGCCUCCCACAGACUCCAUACGUAACGCCAUGCGUAUAUAAUAUACGUAACGCCAUGCGUAUAUAAUAUACGCUCACACAUAUGAGUAUGUAUAAGACCAUGUAUACAACUUCUAACAGUGUUAUAAAAAUGUAGAAAAUAAGUUGUGAGUACGAUCAUCUAACCAAUAUGAGGACGCAUUCAAAGAUGUCCCACACGCUAGUAUGUAUUUUAUGUUGCAUUGAAAAUCAAAGAAGAGCUCGUGUUGUUUGAUUUAUUACGUUUUAAGUUAUGAGGAAAACGUAAAACCUUUGAAUUAAGACUUCGAAAAAUCUUCAGUGCGUAUCCUAAGGUCCAGUCCCAAAUUUGUUCUGAAGAAAAUAUAAUUAUUACAUCAUUUUUAUAUAUCGAUUAAUAUUAAUUAAAGUUAUAUAUAUAGACGACAGAUGGGCAAAGAAGAGACAUAACCAGAAACAGAGUUCUUCUUGUGUUUAAUAGGUCUCUCUGUUAACAACAUUCGACGACGAAACUUCUCAAGAUCGUAACAGUGUAGCUUUAAUGGCUUUAUCUUUUGGAUUCUUACAAAGGGACAACAGUUUCAAGAAAGAUUCACAAGAGUGUAAAACACCAAGAGUUCUGAAUAGCCCAGUAAACAUGUUUCUUGAAAAGACCCUAUCCUUCAAGGAUUUGGUCGAUCACAAUUACAAAAAUGAGAGUUUUGGGGUCAAAACGAGAAAAGGUAUAAACUUAAAGGGUCCUAAACCAGAUAACAUGGUUCUUGAGAGGAGUCUCUCGUUCACGAGUCUAGUACAGGUGGAGAACAGAGAAGAAGAAGACGAGGACGAAAGAGGCUCGCCUCCGAAACGAAGGAACAAGGGUAAAAUGGGAAUAAUAGGGAACUUAACGGCGUUAAGUGUACCUGCACCGAAGCCGCUCUGGUCUCCUAGGCCGUCGACGGAGCUUGACGCUGCGGCCUUGACGUUACAAAAGGUUUACAAGAGUUAUCGAACGCGUCGAAAUCUCGCUGACUGUGCAGUUGUUGUUGAAGAGUUAUGGUGGAAAGAAUUGGAAUUGGCAGCGUCAGAACCGAACCGAACCAACCAGAAACCGGAGACGGCUGUGUCGAGGUGGGCAAGAGCUGGAACAAAAGCAGCAAAGUUAGGGAAAGGAUUGCUGAAAGAUGAUAAAGCCCAGAAACUAGCAUUGCGACAUUGGUUAGAAGCCAUUGAUCCACGUCAUAGGUACGGACACAAUUUACACUUAUACUACGAUGUUUGGUCGGAAAGCGAGAGUACUCAGCCAUUCUUCUUCUGGUUAGACAUCGGAGAUGGCAAAGAAGUGAAUCUCACCAAAUGUCCACGAACUCUUCUUCAACGCCAAUGCAUCACUUACCUUGGUCCGAAAGAGAGACAAGCGUACGAAGUUGUAGUGGAAGGAGGGAGACUAGUCAACCGACAAAACAAGAACUUUAUUGAGACCGUUGAAGGAACCAAAUGGAUUUUCGUGUUGAGCACGGCACGGAAAUUAUACAUUGGCCAGAAACAAAAAGGACGGUUUCAACAUUCAAGUUUUCUCUCCGGCGCUGCCAUCAUUGCCGCUGGUAGAAUUGUCUCACAGGACGGAGUUUUAGAAGCUGUGUGGCCGUAUAGUGGUCAUUAUCUUCCGACAGAAGAGAAUUUUCGAGAGUUUAUCGAUUUCUUAAAAGAAAAUCAUGUGGAUCUCACUAACGUCAAGUUGAAUGCGAUUGACGAUGAUAAUCAUAUGGUCUCCAAUGAUGGAAGCACAAAGCCGUCGAUAUCUAACGGUCGAGAUGAAACUAAGGCCAUCACGGCUGAUGCGACGGCUGAUGAUCUCAGGGAACAGAAACGCUUUCCAUGCAAGUGGAGUACCGGGAAUGGGCCUAGGAUCGGGUGUGUGCGGGACUACCCUGUGGACUUGCAGACGCGGGCGCUUGAACAAGUUAACCUUUCUCCUCGUGUGGUUAACAUGACGAUGGGACUAUUUGGUCCAAUACCUUCACCAAGGCCUAGUCCAAAGAUUCGUGUCUCUCCUAGGUUAUUUUGCAUGGGUCUUCCAAGUCCAAAGAAUUAAUUUUCCAGCUUCUUUUUUAUCUGUUAUCAUUCAAUUUUUCUUGUCUUCCUUGAUCUUGGAUGAUUCUUUAAUUAGCGUAAAACUUGUACCCAUCAAAAGUUUAGGUACGUAGUUUAAUUUUACAGUUUUGCAGUAAUAUAACAUGUAACCUUUUAUUUACUUUGUAACAUCUUUUGUAAUAUCAUGAUUUUUUUUCAAAUAA